GUAUUGAUUUUUCGUUAUAAAAAGUGGGAGUACCUGGAAAUCACAUUAAAAUCGAGGCAAACCUUGUUUUUGAGACACAAACUUGUGAAAAUGGGCGCUGCUUUCUUUCCCGUGUUUUUCUUUACUGGUCUUUGGGGAGCUGUGGGCAUUGGCAUGCCCAUAAUGACCCCCAAAGGACCUCACCAGAAUCUUAUCCGUUGCGUCUUGAUGCUAACAGCCGCCUGCUGUUGGCUGUUCUGGCUCUGCUGCUAUAUGGCACAGAUGAAUCCUUUAAUUGGACCGAAACUCAAGCGGGAUGUGGUGGCCAUGAUUGGCAGGUCCUGGAACAACGAAAUCCUCGAGCACUAGGAAGCUGCACCAUCGUCAACAAUGUAUCCCAACCAUAACCAAUUAAAUUGUUUCGUGUUGUAAAUAAAAUAGUAAAACAUCUAUUGUUAUGUUCUAUUAACAA